CUCAAAAUUAUGUGUUUUGUGACAAGAGACAUGAGUAUUGAGUUACCGCAUCACUAGCUCUACCGGUAAAUAAAUAAUUAGGGGGUCGUUUGGCGGAUUGUAGAACAGCUGAAACAGCGAGUAGGGAAGAAAAAGGUUGAAACUUGAAAACUACUUUCAGAGUUCCGACCGGCUGCUGCCGCCGCUACCUGAGGAGAUGGCACUGUUGAUGGAGAAAGGGUCCAAACCCACUACUGAUUCUGAGGUCAGUGACCUUGAAGGUAUCGCCGCUCUCAAACAGUCUACUGCUGUUGAGCUCAAGGAGCAAGGUAACCAGUAUGUCAAGAUGGGAAAUAAACAUUAUUCUGAGGCCAUUAACUGCUACACGAGGGCAAUAAACCAGCAAGCUCUUACCGACUCUGAGACCUCUCUUCUGUACUCAAAUAGAUCCCAUGUUAAUCUACUUCUGGGAAACUAUAGGCGUGCCAUUACGGAUGCUGAAGAGGCAAUUAAGCUUUGCCCCAGCAAUGUUAAGGCAUUCUAUCGUGCUGCCAAAGCAUCGCUGUCCUUGAAUUUGUUGAGUGAAGCAAAAUAUUUUGCCGAGAAGGGACUAGAGCUAGAUUCAAGUAACGUUGAACUGGAGAAACUUGUUAGGCAGAUAAGUGCACUGAAGAUGGAACAGGAUAAGCAACAGGCUGAGAUUAACAAGGCCCUAGCAGUGGCUAAGGAUCUUGUUUCAGCAUUUGGAGACAGAGGAUUGAAGAUGGGCAAGGCUAUGUAUCGAGAACUUACUGGUUUGAAGAAACCUGUGUUAGAUAAGAAUAAGAUUAUGCACUGGCCGGUUCUUUUUCUCUAUGCAGAGGUUAUGUACAGCGACUUCAUAGAAGAUUUCUGUGAGAUGGAUACAUUUUCCAUGCAUCUCGAUAUGAUAUCCUUAUCCUCCUAUAAUUGGCUUUCAAACAUGUAUUCAGAAAGUAGUCCACCGUUACCUUGGGAUACAGGAAAUAAUUAUACUCGUGAAGAAAUUGAACUUUACUAUGAGGCAGGUUCUGGGGUUUGUCUUCCAGAGACUAAAGUUCUUCAAUAUCUGCUAGAAGGGACAGCUGGUGCUGAUAUCGAGUGUGAAAAUGAAGAGAAGGAUACAAGUGAGCAUGGCUUUUCAAGAGGAGACGCCAUUACUAAGUGGGUCAAAGUGAAUGAAAAGAGAAAGCUUGUUGACGUGAUUCAAGAACCUGGCUUCAUCAUCUCAGAAAUCCCAGUUUUCUACGUCGUUUCAAAGCGCUCCAGCUUCUAUGAAAAGUUCAAAGCUGGGAAAUGGAGACUUCCCUGAUAUGCUUAGUUUUGCUCAAGAUGGCAAGUAAUGUGGUUUAGAUACACAAUGCGAUGUAAAGAGGUACGAGCGGGCAUUGACAGGGACACACAUGGGACAUUGCUGUUACCAAGGGACGAGACUCGAUUUUACAAAGAAGAGCACUGUCCCCAGAUCCAUUGGCCUCCACAGGGAAACAAGCAUAUCUAUAGGUGCUAGCAGGUGGUAUUCUGUUGUGAUAAUGUAAGGGUUACGAUCGCAACAAAGAACAAUCAAAUGUAGGAAUUUCGUGUUGCCGUCUAUUUGCCUCGAAUCAUUUGACGAUUUGGGAUAAUGGUUCCAAUUUCCAAACCAGUAACAUAUCGAAGUUUAAGCUAAGGUGAAUCCUUCAUUCCAUGUACUGAGAAAUUUAUGAAAUAAGCUUCAUGGUAUGUGCUUACAGAAAUCAUUUAAGAAGUGAAACUACAGCACCGGCGCACCAUAGUGCUCGAAUUGGACAUCUUGUAGAAGUUUAUGACCAUUUUGAUUACCAGAUGAA